AUGAGCGACCACUACCAAACGCUAGGGCUGCAGCCCAACGCCAGCAAGAGCGACAUCAAAAACGCCUACUUCCGCCUUGCCCACCGCUAUCAUCCGGACCACCACUCCCAGGCCGAUGCUGCCGGCCGCGAUGCCGCGGCAGCCGCGUUCCGUAGGGCCAAGGACGCAUACGAUGUUCUCUACGACGCCGGUCGUCGUGCCGCGUACGACCGCACUAUCCGCUACGAGAUGCAGGAGGCGCAAAAGAAGAAGCGGGAGGCCGAGCGAGUGAAGAGGGAAGAGUGGGAUGCCAAGAGGAAGGCGGAGAACGAGAAGCGGGAGGCCGAGAGGGUGGAGCGGGAGGAAAACGAGAAGCGGGAGGCCGAGAGGGUGAAGCGGGCAGAAAACGAGAAACGGGAGGCCGAGAGGGUGAAGCGCGUGGAAAACGAGAAGCGGGAGGCCGAGAGGCUGAAGCAGGCGGAAAACGAGAAGCGAGAGGCCGAGAGGCUAAAGCGGGCGGAAAACAAGAAGCGGGUUGACGCCAUAUUGAAGAAGUGGGAUGAGCAACAAGCGAAGGAGAAGGCCAAGUGGGAGGCGCAAAAGGCAAAGUGGAACUCGCAUAACAAGAAGCGGGAGGCGGAUAUGUUAGCGGAGUUUGAGGUGCAGAAGGCAAAGUGGAAGGCGAAGAACGAGAAGCAGCAGGCCGAGAAGGAAAAGCAGGAGGCUGAGUGGGAGGCACAGAGGUCAAAGCGUAAGGCCGAGAUGGAGAAGAGGGCGGCGGAGUUGGAGCUGCGCCAACUUAAGCCACCCCCACUUGAGUCACUCCGACUAGAGCCAUGUCGGGCGGCAGAGACGGAAAACCGGAAAGCACAAUGCUCAAGUCGGGGCAGCCAUGGCGGUACCUCCUCCACAGCUUCAAGUGGGCACAAUGGUAUGUCCUCUUCCUCCACAUCUUCAAAUGGGCAAGGCCAUGGAGGUCCUCAAAGACGGCCAUCGCCACGGGUGCCACGACCAAUGGCUGGUGGUGGUGGAAGUGCGUUUUCAGUGUGCUGGUAA